AGCAGCAGCAUGCUCUCAGUCACUGACAGCGAGGAAAACCGAGCAUGAAACAAACAUUUGGAGCUGAACAGAAAUGCGCCAUGCGAGGAGCGGUGAGCCGUACGUGAGGUUGUCCCGCGAUGAGCCGCCGACCUCCGGACCGGUGCGGAGCUGGACGGGACAUGAGCGCAGCCUGGAUCCUGACUGUGAGCGCCCUCAUCACCGCCCAGACUACCGGAGGAUCACCGCUGUUGCCCGACCCCGGGGUAUUUCUGGAAAAGUACGGCUACCUCCAUCAUGACAAUCAUGUCCACGAUGCAGCUGAGAUGCAGUCGGCUAUUUGUGAGUUUCAGUGGUUGUCCCGGCUUCCUGUCACGGGCGAGCUGGACAGCGCCACCCUGAGGCAGAUGGCCGAGCCCCGCUGUGGGGUGUCAGACGAGGGCAGCCAGCAGAUCUGGGCUCAGAGAGUAAACGCCAUCUUCACUGGAAAGAGCGCUGCUCUCAGACGACCACAGCGCCGCAGGAGGCGCUCUGCUGGGCAAGCUGAGAAGUGGUACAAACGUCAUCUGACCUACCAGAUCGUGAACUGGCCUCGCCACCUGUCUCUGGGCUCCGUGCGCCUGGCAGUACGUGCUGCUUUCCAGCUGUGGAGCAACGUGUCGGGCCUGGUGUUCCAGGAGGCCCCUGAGGGCCCUGCAGACAUUCGACUGGCAUUUUAUGAGGGAGACCACAACGACGGGGCCAGCAAUGCCUUUGAUGGACCAGGUGGAACUCUGGCUCACGCCUUUCUGCCUCGCCGGGGGGAAGCUCACUUCGACAUGGCGGAGAGGUGGACGCUAAACGGACACAAGGGACACAACCUGUUCAUGGUUACAGCCCACGAGAUCGGACACACUCUGGGACUGGAGCACUCCCCGGUCCGUCACGCUCUGAUGUCGCCGUACUACAGGAAACUGGGCCGCAGUCUGGUGCUGAGCUGGGACGACAUCAUCGCAGUGCAGCAGCUGUACGGUAAGCCGUCAGGUGACCGCCCUGUGAGGCUGCCAGGCCAGGUUUUGCAUGCCUCGCUGCAGGAGUGGGAGUUCACAGAGCUUCACAACGACCAUCAGUCCACAGGGCAACCUCUCUACUGCCAGGGUGUCUUUGAUGCCAUCACUAUGGACCACAACAAGACAGUACUGGUGUUUCGGGGCAGUGUGUACUGGACAGUGUCGGCUGCAGGCGUUGUGGUCGGCCCGCUGCCUCUCCGUCAGCGCUGGCCUGCCCUCCCCCAGGCUAUUGAGGCUGCAGCCUUCUCCCCACUGGACUCCAAGUUGUAUUUUUUCAAAGGGAAGAGGAUCUGGCGCUACACAGGCAACGUGCUGGACCCCGGCUUCCCGAAGAAGAGCAGCGAGUUAGGGCUGCCUCGCCACCCUGACUGUGCCUUCUAUUACGCUCCACUGGGUCACAUGGUUCUCUUCAAGGGCUCCCGUUACUCUGUGCUUAACCUCAAAACCUUGCACCAAGAGCCCUACUACCCCCGCAGGCUGACAGACUGGACUGGUGUGCCACAGGGGACAAACGGGGCGCUGACCCGUCCAGACGGGCGCCUGUACCUGUUCAGAGAACAGCGGUUUUGGAGAUUUGACCCGGUCAAGGUGCGAGUCACCAGAGAAGGUCAGUGGGCCAAGGAUUUGAGCUGGACUGGUUGCAGCAACGCUCCUCAGAGCAACAACAUCCUUUGACCAGCAGAGGGAGCUGUAGGCUUUAAAAAGUGCUGUUUGUUGAUGUUUAAUGUAAAAGCACUAUAAGUUUCUCAGCCUGAACCCACACUGACUUUAUAUGUACAAAAGGAGCCAAGCUCAGCUCAUGCCAUGAAGGGACAUUUUUUUAAGCACAUAAAGUAUUUAUACUGCAGGGCAAUUAAUAUUACUGUAUAUAGAUGUACAAGGGCCCUCUUUAAUGCAGGUAAGAUGAUGAAGCGAGAGUACACUCUUAAGUGUGAAGACCAAAAACAUUUUUUAGGUUGGAACCAUGCUUUCUAAAAUCUUCUCUUGUAGUAUUUGUACAGCGACAGAAAAACCAAAAGGUAUGUGCAUUUAUCAUCGCUUCUACAAUGUAUUUACAUGACAGUUACUUAAGUUUGCCUGUUACUGUGUGCUUCUUGCUAAGUGCUUGCUAUAGCCUAAAUCUGGACCGCUGACUCCCAGUACAGUAUUUUCUUAAACUGACUGGGCUUCCAGGGAGAUCAGCAUCUGACAAAGCAGGUGGAUGUGUAAGACCGACUG